AUGCAUCAUGAACAUGCAUUUAGAAGUUUCUCGUUAGCUCAGAUUCCAUUGGUAGUUUACACGAGUCUAUCGGCUGUCAAGUACAUCAUUAAGAGAGUGGGUGAGACAGGAUCUCUACAGCAAAGAAGAGGGUCUGAACGAGCCAGAAAGCUUGAUGAUGGGAUAGAAAUACACCUUAUGAAUGUAGUUCCGAAGGACAAUUUUGCUUUAUAUUCUAGGCUAAAAACCUCUUUAAAGAAGAUAGAGGUAUUCGUCCGUAAAAUAAAAGCAAUAAUUAGCUAUCUUAAGCGUUUGGGAUUUGGAUUAUGUAUUGCAGCUCAUAAAUUGGUCAAGGGUAAUGAUGGGGAAGCCGGAGCUAUUAAGAGUUGCGAAAAGGUUCAAAGAAAGUAUCAUUACGAGAACCAAGUAAAGGAUGUACUUAAUACCAAUGCAAAAGAAGAAGAGGUAUUGGUUUGUAAACAAUUCUUGUUAGGAUUGGAGAUUUACGAUUUAACAAAAAAUAUUAAAAAUAAUGUUUGA